CCCGCACUAUUCCGCGGUCGCCCCUUCCCUUCUUCCAUCCAUCAGUCAGUCACUUGAUAAACAGCGCGAGAGGUGGUUGUGUUUUCGUCGCGCGUGCCCGACAUUCACGCGUACAACUGGGUCACGAGGUCUGUUUACGUGUUGACAAGGAAUUCUGAUUUACUCAGUGUGGUGAAUGAUCGUAGUGACUGUGGCAACAAAUAUUUAGUGUAAUAACAAAGCGGCGGCGCUUUUGAUGUGUACGUGAUGUGUGCGUGAGCGCAGCGCAUGACGUGCUACGAAACGUUGAGAGCUUCGGCACCCGCGGCGGACGCCCCCAUGGCGCACCACUUCGUCAAGUGGUGGCGCAACAAGUUUAGAAAUGGAUAUAAGAAAUUUAGCAUUGGAACCGAAAGCGAGCGCACGGAUACAGAGGAAUUGGUCGGGCGGGCCGCGUCCCAAUGUUCGGCACCCCCAGAUCUAUUGCCAAGCGAAGCGCGCGCUCUUCUCCAACCUACCACUCCGCCUCCAGUACCAGUGAGAAUCUCUGAAUCUUGCUCAAAGAGAAUAUCAUCGCCCGUUCAAAAUACGGACUGCAAUGAAAAUAAACAGCCAAGAUUACGCUUUGAGGAGUUAACCUGUGAUGUUGAGCUGCAACAUCCCCAAUCUUCAAAACAACAACCGCUACAGUUUUCCUUUACCCUGUAUGAUCUUGAUGGGCAUGGACGGAUGACUAAAGAUGACAUAGCUGGCAUUGUAUCCACUAUAUACGAAUCCAUUGGAAAGUCUGUCACAGUUCCGCAUUAUGGAUCUAAGACUAUACAAGUACGGUUGACAGUAGUCCCUGAAGAUGGACAACCGCGCAGUCAAAAGGAGAAAAGAGACGCCAGACGGAGACGGCGACGCGAACAAGCAACAGUUAACACAAGCGCACCCCCAGAUUGUGCUGAACAUAGUGAGGAAGAACACCAUGACAGAUUAUCAAAUGAUGACGAUGCCUCAUCAAAGUCGUCAUGUUCUGAUCGUAAGCCCCCGCCCCAAAGGCCAGCACCCAUUUUACGGCAGAGACACCAGCGUCAUCCGCGGAGAGAACACCGAGAACGCAAAUAUACUAAGAAACGCUCAGGGAGUCUACAAAGGCGGGAAUUACUUGAAAUAAUUCAGGCCAAUAUGGAAAAAAAUCACCUGAGUUUUCAAGCAUCAAGAAAGCCCAGCGAUCCGGCCGCCUUUGAAGAUGAAAUAAGUAAUAAAUAUCAGAAGAUUCGAAACAGAUCUCAUACAGUGAAUGAAAAAUCUCAAACUUAUCAUAAACUCAAGACAGAAACGUCAGGAAAUGGAUAUUUGGAUCUGGCUAGUGGCGGUGAUUCAAACUUGUGCAGAUAUGAUAGGUAUUUGCAUGCCGUCAUAUGUUCUUCAGCGAAACAUGCACAUACGGGUUAUCAUCAAAAGCAAACUGCACCGUCACGACACACGCGCGCAUCUCACCCAGUGAAUCCGCGAUCUCGUUCCCACGACCUUUCUUCUCAGACACAGCAACCGAGAGUGCUCCAAAUAAUAUUCUUAUAGAACUCAAUAAAGGUCGAGCAAUAAGCAGCUCUGCCUUACGUGUUAUCAGUGAAUCGGACAAUUGUGGUUACCAAGUAGCUAUAAUAAAGUAUUGUCGUUGUGUUACUUGUGUGAAAAGAUAGAUCACAAUCUUUUUGUGACUAAUAACAACAAUAUUAAAUUAAGAAAAUCAAUUAGCAUUCCACAUGAUUACUUCACUUUUAGCUGUAGCUUUAGUAUUUAUUUUCCUAACAGACUUAAAUAAGAUCUGUAUUUUAUACAAAUUGAUAAUAAUCGUCCUAAAUUUAAAUGUGAAUCGAAAGUUGCGUAGAAUGUUAGCUUCACUUAAAAGUUAUUUAUUUUUUGAGCAUUUAAGAAAAGUGCCUUAUAAUCGUUGGUUUUUCGUCGUGAAUGUCAUCUUAAUGUAUUUUAUAGUAUUUAGGUUUUGUAGCAAUAUAUGCAAUGCUCAUUUGAAUAAUGUACUUUUUGUAUAAUUGUAUAAUAAGACUCGUUUAAGAGUUAUAGACUGACUUUAGUUAUAGGUGUUAGGUGCUUUAUUAGAAAUGUGUAAAUUAUUGUUAAAAUUUGUUACAAUACUGUACUUAAAGCUGCUCUCUUUAAUUAUUGUAUCGUAAUGUAAAAAGCAGCAUAUUUAAAUAUUAAUAUUAUUACCAUUAUCAGUAUUCAUUCUCGUUAAGAAUCUCAUUUCUAAAAUUUUCAUCUACCUCUAAUUUUUAAUAGAUAAGGUUAAUUUAUUAUAAUUACUUAGAAAUGUUUUGUUAGCUGUAUUUGUGAUAAAACCACAGUGAAAUAAAGUAUGUAAAUGAACAUCAAAUUGUCAAUUUUUUAUACCAUUCAUGUACAGUGUAAAGUGCUUGAUCUUGUCAAAAAUAUUUAUUGUCGAAAUAGAAAAUUAAUU